AUGCGCAUGCUGCCCGUCGUGUCCCUCAUGGCCCGCGUGGCGGAGAAGACGGUCAAGGUGGGGCCCUACACGGUGCCCGCGGGCACCAUCGUCGCGACGCCGCUGUUCGCGAUCCACAACACCAAGCACAACUGGGAGGCGCCGGAGGAGUUCCGGCCCGAGCGCUGGGCGGACGUGCCUGUGGAGAACUUUGUCUACAACAGCAAGGAGGGCGAGGGCGGCGGCAAGCGCGGCAUCACGUUCAUGCCGUUCUCGGAGGGGCCCCGCAACUGCGUCGGGCAGUCGCUGGCGAAGAUGGAGGUGAUGACGUUGCUGGCCAAGCUGCUGGCGUCGUUCCGCAUCGAGCUGGCGCCGGAGAUGGGCGGGCGCGAGGGCAUCCGCAAGCGCGAGAGCACGCACCUCACGCUCCAGACAGCGGGCACCAAGGGCAUUCGCUGCCACCUGCACCCCAGAUCAGAGGCCGUCUCCACCGCCGCCGCCGUGCUCGCCUAA